CAAUUUUCAAUUUCAAUCACCCCUAAACCCUUUCCUUUUUCACUUUUCAAUCUCCCCCCAUUCUUUUCUCUUUCCAUUUCAAUUUCAUUUCCAAAACUCUGUGAACACAACUUCUUGAUCUCAAUUUCAAUGGCUCCUACACCAUCAUCUUCUGCUAAACCAAACCAAUUCGGUUUCACACCAAAAUCAAAUCAAACCCACAUCAGAACAACAACACCCCAAUCCAAACACCGCCUCAAUUUCACCUCCACAAAACCCUCACCAAACCCUAACUCUAACCCCAACCCCAACCCCAAUUCUGCACCCGCAGACCACCCGGUGGAAGUCGUGGGCCGUAUUCGUGACUACCCUGACCGCAAAGACAAACCCGUGUCCGCUCUUCAGGUAAACCCCGACGGCCGGUCUGUUCGGGUCAGAACGGAUAUCGGGUAUCGCGAUUUUACCCUCGACGGGGUUGCGAGUUCUGAAGAUCAGGAUCUUGAUGAGUUUUACAAGAAUUUUGUGCAGUCGAGAAUUAAUGGGGUGAAAAUGGGGGAUAAGUGUACUGUUAUGAUGUAUGGGCCGACUGGGUCGGGGAAGAGUUAUACGAUGUUUGGGUCGGCGAAACAGCAGGGUAUUGUGUAUAAGUCUUUGAGGGAUAUUUUGAGAAAUGGAGAUGAGGAAGAGGAGGAGGAGGUUGGUGAACGAAAGGCGGGUUUUGUUCAAGUGACUGUUUUGGAGAUAUAUAAUGAGGAGAUUUAUGAUCUUUUGUCUACUAAUAGUGGUAAUGGUGGAUUCAGUAUUGGUUGGUCUAAAGCCAAUGCUUCCAAGGUUAAGUUGGAAGUUAUGGGGAAGAAGGCUAAGAAUGCCACUUUCAUCUCAGGAACCGAGGCAGGAAAGAUAUCAAAAGAGAUUCAAAAGGUCGAGAAGCGUAGAAUUAUCAAGAGCACAUCUUGCAAUGAAAGAAGCUCCAGGAGUCACUGCAUGAUAAUUCUUGACGUCCCAACUGUCGGAGGACGGCUAAUGCUUGUUGAUAUGGCUGGGUCUGAAAAUAUCGAACAAGCUGGUCAAAUUGGAUUCGAAGCCAAAAUGCAGACAGCAAAGAUUAAUCAGGGUAAUACGGCAUUGAAGAGAGUGGUGGAGUCGAUUGCCAACGGUGAUUCUCACGUGCCGUUCAGAGAUAGCAAGUUAACCAUGCUUUUGCAGGAUUCGUUCGAAGAUGACAAGUCAAAGAUUCUUAUGAUAUUAUGUGCGAGCCCGGAUCCAAAGGAAAUGCAUAAGACAAUAUCGACAUUGGAAUACGGUGCAAAAGCCAAAUGCAUCGUGCGUGGGCCUCAUACGCCAAUCAAGGGAGACGAUUCGUCUUCGUCAGAUGUGAUGUUGGGUUCGAGAAUCGCGGCUAUGGAUCAGUUCAUUAGCAAGCUGCAAAUGGAGAAUAAGAUACGCGAGAAGGAGAAGAACGAAGCGAAUAAACAGCUGCAGAAAAAAGAAGAAGAAAUCGCUAGUCUGAGGGCGAAACUUGCAGAGGCAGAAGGGAAAAAGAGCGAGGAGGAGAUUAACGUCAAGGUUAACGACAUGUUGAAGCGGGAAUUAGAGAAGAAGAUAGAAGAGUGUCAGAAAAUGGCUGACCGCGUCGUCGAGAUGGAGCGGAAGAAGAUGGAACAGAAAAUCAUUCAACAGCAGGAAGAACUCGAAACACUCAGGCGACGUUUAGAAGAGAUCGAAUCUGAACUGACUCGUUCCCGAGAGGGAAAACAAAACGAAAACGAAAGCAGAAAUCUUUCGUCGUCGUUUUCUUUGGAAGGAAACGGUUUCGCUAAGAAACUGAUCGACAUGUAUGCUGAUGAGGAUCCGGGGAUGGAGAAGUCGAUGGAUCUGGACAAGUCACUCGAUAUGGAGAUCGGUAGUAAACGAGAGUACCAAAAAGCUGCUAAUAACAGCAUACAGGCGAUUCUCGGGUAUCCGUAUAUAGAGAAUGAUGAGGAUGUUUACGUCCCCGGUUCAACGGGUAAAUCGUAUUUGAGCACUGUGUUUGAGGAGGAUGAGGAAGAAGUAGAAGAAGUGCAGAAAGAUGUUAUCGAGGAGAAGAUGGUGUGUGUCACGAAUCCUCCACCCGUCUCUGCUUUUAACUUGGAUAUUGACUUGUUAUCAACCGCAGCGGGAUCUGAGUCGGAGUGUGUUGACCCGGAUACCGCCUCGUCUAGGCAGUUACGUAUCCAAAAUAUUUUUACUCUUUGUGGAAACUACCGGGAGCUUUCUCAACAACACACUCCGUUAACCGCCACAAACAAGAGUAGUGAAAACUGCAGUGAUUCAAAGGAAACGAAGCAGAAGACGAUGAACCAAGUUGUGUGUGAUUCGAAGGAAAACUGCAGCCCCUUGAGAAACAGUAAUGAUGUGGUGGAAGUGGCGGAUAUAUCAGGAGGAAACAAGCUCCCGUUCACUUCAUUGGAAAACAAGGUCGCAUUGACUUCAGUGGAGAAGAAGCUCCCAUUGACUUCACUGGAAAACAAGCUUCCCUUUACAUCGCUGGAAAACAAACUUCUAUCACUUUCUGCUGUUUCGUUUGAGUAGAUGAUAUUCUUGCGUGUCGUGUCGGUAGUAUUUUCUUUUUGGAGUACAUAAAAUCGAUGUACUCUUGAACUCCUAUCAGACGUUCAGAUGUGAACUGUAUUUUCUUUUCGUGUGCAGAGUUUAAUUUUCGUUGAUAUCUUCUAUCAGUCGUUAUCGUAUCGCACAAAUAUUUAUGUAUUGUUAUUGAUGCUU